AUGGGUGCAAUCAACCCAACCGAUAAGCUCGUUGAGAUUUACAUAAACGGGCAGCAGGCCGUAAACCUACAUAUGCGUUUAGGUAGGGCUGGAUGUGGCUACUUUGUGGACUAUGUCGAAUCGCUCUUUUCUGACAGUGAUUCUGAUUUACCAUCAGCGGAAGGAUUUUUUGAUUCAGGAAAGCCCAUUGGACGCAUUCGUUCAGCUGAAGAUGUUAAUGGAAAGACUUUAAAUCCACAUAAACACCCUCUACGCGUUAAAAAGCCAAGGAGGGAUGCGUCCGUCAGCGAGUCCCAGUCAAAUACGGAGGAGGAUGUUAAAUACUACGUUUCCUCUCCCACUUCACCUGAAUGUCUGUCGGAUAGUGAAGUGGGAAGUCAAUCUCGUGGAAUGGUUCAGGUUUGUGGUGAUAUGGAUUCAAGGAGAUUUGGUGCCAUUUCAGAUGUGGGGCAUAUUGUUCAAAAAGACCCAACCGUUGGUGAUUCAGUCUCAAAGAGUUUUCAGACUUGUCAAGCUUCUGAUCAAAAGGGUGUUUACUUGGAAGAUCUUGUGACGCCAUCAGUUGAUGAAAAUAUUAAGCGAGCAUAUUUGUAUGUUAGAAAAUCGAAUGAGCGUUUGAAUCCGGGUCAGAAGGCUACUGAUGCUGGAUCUAAAUCGGACUCAGGAAAUGGUUCCUGCUUGAAGCUUGAUUCCUCCAAUAACUUGGAACUCAAAAUCUCACUAUGUGGUGGUCUUCCCACUGACGGUCAAAUGGACCACGAACGCUUUUGCGCUCAUUUGGUGACAUUUGAGGAGUUUUCUAAGGAUCCCGCUGGCGUCAUUGCCAACCCAAAUCUCGUCCUUUUAUUUGACGGAAAAUUUUAUAAUUGGAAUACUGUUGCUCCUAUGAUACUGAGUCGUGUCUGCUUUCAAGCUGAAUUACCGUACGGCUCUGUUCUUCGGUUAGAGGAAUCCUUUAUGCCAAAGAAACAACCACGCCGCAGAGCCUGGUUCACCUGGAGCACGAGCGGUCCCGAGUCACAGCCUACCGCGAGUACGGAUGCUGAUAAAACGACGGCCGAGGUUCCGCAAGAAACACGAAACGACCAUCCUCCAUCUGCCACUGCUUCCUUGGCUGAGGAGUGCCAAGUGCCUCAACGCAGAAUCACUCUUACUUCAAGAGAGGUGGAGUGUCUGGGAUUGAGACCAGGUGCGAAUAACAUUGAGUUUCGGAUAGUCACAAAGUAUCAGGGCACCGCCAGCUGCUUGGCAAAGAUUUAUCUCUGGCAAUCAGAUGACAAGGUGAUUGUUUCCGACGUCGACGGAACUAUAACCCGUUCAGACAUUCUUGGCCACCUUCUCCCUGCGCUGGGGCGUGAUUGGACCCACGAAGGAGUUGCUGAACUGUAUUCCAGAUUGGCUGACAAUGGUUACAAAUUCAUUUAUCUCUCGGCUAGAGCCAUCGGUGAAGCAAAUUUGACGCGGGGUUACAUUGAUCAGGUUUGUCAACGUGGUAAGUAUCACCUUCCAGGUGGACCAAUUCUCCUGUCGCCUACAUCCCUACUCGAUGCAUUUCAUCUCGAGGUGAUCGCUCGGACACCAGAGUUAUUCAAAAUCGAGUGUCUUAAAGAAGUGAGGGAGUUGUUUGGACCGGACUCUAACCCUUUCUAUGCUGCAUUUGGAAAUCGUAUCAAUGAUGUGAAGGCUUACAUUGAAUCGGGUUUCGAAUUAGGCCGAAUAUAUACGGUGAAUCCGGGAGGUGAGCUACGAAACGAGCGCCUACCCUGUGUCAGCAAGUCUUUCAACGACAUGGUCAGUCUCGCUGAUUACCUCUUCCCUUGUAUUUCACCAAGGUUAGUCGAGUCGGAUCUAAUAGAGGCGAACGAAGAGGUCUCAUUCACCGACUACAAUGUCCCCACCUCUGAUGUAGAUAUGUCCCUCUUUUCGUCCUUCUCCUUCUGGCGUGAACCCAUUCCUUCCGAAACACCGACCCCCUCUUAG